UUCACUUCUCUCUAUUUUCUAGAGAGAGAAAGAGAGUGUUUAUUUUGUAGAGAGAGAGACUGAGUGUGGUUUUCAGAACAGAAUUUCCUUCAUAUCAGCUUUUCCUCAUCCCUUUGGCUUUUCUCUUGUUCUCAGCUUUUUCUAAAGCUUAGGAUUUUUACCAGAAUUUUUAAUCACUUUCGUUAUUAUUAUAUUAUAUGCCAAAACUUAGCAUUGCAGUGUGUACUUACGUUCACCACUCAAACUUCUGAAUAAGCUCAGAAUCUUGGCCGUUAAGUUUAUUUACACACUCUACAACACAAACCUUUAUUUAUUUUUUAUAUUGUUUUCAGCAUUACUUCCCAAGCUUGUUCAGUUUCUCUCUUAGAUUGAAUUUUCAGAAGAGAAUGGUUUUGUGAUUGGUUUCAAGGGAAAGGAGUGAGCUGAAGAUUAACUUUGAGCUUGGACAAAUGGGUGAGGAGAGAUCUGGUUCACAGAACAAAAGAGUGAAGAUCUAUGGAGAAGUUCUAUUGGGAUUUAUAAUUAUGUUGAUCUGCACAGUCCAGUUUUCACUUGCAGACACUGAUCCCAUUGAUGUUGCUGCAAUUAAUAGAUUGUAUACUGCAUUGGGAAACCCUGUUCUUCCUGGAUGGGUUUCUAGUGCGGGAGACCCGUGCGGAGAAGGGUGGCAAGGUGUUCAAUGUAAUGGUUCAGUCAUACAAGAAAUAAUUCUGAAUGGUGCAAACUUGGGAGGAGAACUGGGUGAUAGCUUGGGAAGUUUUGUUUCUAUCAGAGCAAUAGUUCUAAACAACAAUCACAUUGGGGGAAAUAUUCCAUCCAGUUUGCCAGUCACUUUACAGCACUUCUUUCUUUCAGAUAAUCAGUUCACUGGAAGUAUUCCAGCCUCUUUAUCCACAUUGACUGAACUGACUGACAUGUCUCUUAACGGCAAUCUUUUAACAGGAGAAAUACCAGAUGCAUUUCAGUCUCUUACACAAUUGAUCAAUCUAGAUUUAUCUAAUAACAAUUUGAGUGGGGAAUUGCCUCCAUCCAUGGAGAAUUUGUCAGCUCUUACCAGUGUACAUUUACAGAACAAUAACCUGUCUGGGACCCUGGAUGUUUUACAAGGCCUUCCACUGCAAGAUUUGAAUGUUGAGAACAACCAGUUUGCUGGACCAAUACCUCCAAAGUUGUUAAGCAUCCCUAGCUUCAGAAAAGAUGGAAACCCGUUUAAUCUCAAUGGCAAUUCUACUAUAGCCCCAGCACAUCCACCUCGUUCUCCAGUGCCAGCAACACCAUCAGGAACUGUGGUUUCUGUGACGCCAUCGUCUGGACGUAUACCUACUAAACCGACCGAGGGACCAACUGCAGCAAAGGAAUCAAAUUCUGAGAAAUCGAAAAAAAACACCAAAAAGGUGGUUUGGAUAUCUGUUUCUGGUAUAUUGGUGUUUAUAAUUCUAGUACUGGGACUUCUUCUCUUCGUUCCAAGAUGUAGCAAAAGAGAAUGGGUUAACAGAAGUUCCAAGCAACAUCAAGUUGGCGCAUAUGGAGUUGAAAGACAGAAUCCUAGGGAAUAUGGAGCUUUUGUCCAACCACCUAACCAAACUGAGAAAGUACCAAAAGGUGCUAUUGUGAGGCCGAAAGGGGAUCAUCAAGAAGAGGCAAGGAGAGUGAGGGCUAUUCCAAAUCCACAAGGCGAGCAAGAAAAGGAUGAACAAAGAAUGGAAACAAUCCCAAAGUUGUUAGAGCAUGAGAUAGAUAUGAGUUCAUUAGAUGUAUUUUCAAUGCCUUCUCCACCGCCACCUCCUCCACCGCUUCCUGUUGAGAGGGUGAUUGUUGAACCAACCUUAUUCCACAAAGAGGCUAACAUCAAUCCUCCCAAAAAAAGUCCAGUUCCUCCCACUUUUGCUAAAACUUUCACCAUCGCAUCCCUUCAACAGUAUACAAAUAGCUUUUCUCAAGACAAUCUUAUAGGUUUAGGCAUGCUGGGGAGUGUGUAUAGGGCAGAGCUUCCAGAUGGAAAGAUACUUGCUGUGAAGAAACUAGACAAGAGAGUUUCUGAUCACCAAACAGAUGAUGAGUUUCUCGAAUUGAUAAACAGUAUUGACAGAAUCCGGCAUCCAAAUAUUGUUGAGCUUAUUGGGUACUGUGCAGAGCAUGGCCAAAGGCUUCUUAUUUAUGAGUAUUGCAGUAAUGGGUCGUUGCAGGAUGCACUCCAUUCAGAUGAUGAAUUCAAAACAAGAUUGUCAUGGAAUGCUCGCAUUCGGAUAGCACUCGGGGCAGCUAGAGCCUUAGAGUACUUGCAUGAGCAGUUUCAGCCAUCUGUUGUGCACAGAAAUUUCAAGUCUGCUAACAUUCUCCUCGAUGAUGAUGUUUCUGUGCGCGCAUCUGAUUGUGGUUUGGCUCCACUAAUAACUAAAGGUUCUGUAAGUCAGCUCUCAGGACAACUGCUAACAGCAUAUGGCUAUGGGGCUCCCGAGUUUGAGUCAGGAAUUUACACAUAUCAGAGUGAUGUUUACAGCUUUGGAGUAGUUAUGUUAGAACUUUUGACAGGCCGUCAGUCCUACGACAGGACACGCCCUCGAGGGGAGCAGUUUCUGGUGAGGUGGGCUAUUCCUCAGCUUCAUGACAUUGAUGCAUUAUCAAAGAUGGUUGAUCCUUCUCUAAAAGGAAACUACCCUGCCAAAUCAUUGUCAAAUUUUGCAGACAUUAUUUCUAGAUGUGUUCAGUCAGAGCCAGAAUUUAGGCCAGCAAUGUCAGAAGUGGUCUUGUACUUAAUAAAUAUGAUAAGGAAGGAAUCUCAGCAAAGUGAAUCAAAUGAAUAAACAAUGGAAAUGGUAAUGAUAUUUGAACAUGCAUAAAUGUGCAAAGAAUAAGAAUUACAUGCACUGAUUGCUGAAUCUCUACUAGUUGAGCUAUGCUUGAUUGCAUUUCACCCAAGGAGGGGCCCAAUUAGAUGCCCCCAUAUUCCGAAGUACUGACCCAUCCAACAUUCACAUGCCAGGAGUUUUGACCAAUCAUCUUCAGAGAAAUUAUAGCUACCGACACUCCUCGCACUCGUGUAGUUUAUAUUUUAUUUUGUUAUUAUACAUAUAUGAUCAUUUAAUGGUUCAUUGAACCAUGCCAUGUUGCAGUGCCCUGGAAAUGAUUUGAACCCAUUUGUUUGAUGAUUACUUCCUUAUUGUUGAUUUAGAAAUAUAAUUUCAUUGUGCAUCCUAGUGAUUUUUUAUAUCAAUA